AUGCCGUGUUGGAUUUGUAAAUGUGUUUGUGGUCCAAAAUGUGAGUGCGAUUGCAAAUGUACGCACGUACCAGUCCCAACAUGGAUGGAAGGAGUCGUUCUAGAAUGGCCUUCUUUUUCCGAUAUGUAUAAGGAUACGCAAAUUAUCCUGAAAUUCACCACUGCAAAUGCCAAUGUUUUUACGCAGACUUAUACUUCAGGACAAAAGAUUUUAGAGGAUCUAGUAGUUCCUGAUAUACUCACCAUAAACAUUGACGAAGGGGAAAAUAAACAUAGACAAGUAGUGGUAGAAGUACACAACAAAGCUAUUCAGAAGCCCAUGUUAGGGGGCUAUAAACAUACUCAAACAGGAGUGCGUUACUUUCAUGGCUACAGUCAAACAGGACCUCCUCCCCCGAAAGUUCCGCCUGACCAUAAGAAUCAUAGAGAUACUCAGACAUACAUUAUGCGUAAUAGGAAGACUCAAAUGGCGUACGCACAUGCCACACAAAUGGCCAAUUUAGAAAUCUAUAUACCAAGCGUUACUGAUAAAAUUUUAACACCUGGACCUUACGAAACAGCAGACGAACGUGAAAAACGGUUGGAUAUCGAUGGAAAAGUAAGAACUAUACAAAGAUAUUUCCGAGCUUGGAAGAUGCGGAAAGCUCUAAAAGAGUUAAGCGCGGAAUAUCGUAAACGAGUACGUUUAGAAAACGAACAAGAUGAAAAAGAACGACUUGACGACGAAAAAAGAAAAAGGCAAGACGUCAUUAGUACAGUUUUCCCAAUGAACAUGUCUGAUUUUGCUAUGCUCUACGCAAUGGUGGACAGAUGGAAAAAGAACGAAAUUGCAAGAAUAACAUCCAUGCAUUGUGGUGCUUCUAAAAUUGCUGAAUUAUAUCUCCUUUUAGAAAAAGAAAUUGAAAUGUUAAGAGUGAUCGAAAGUAUGCGAAAUAGAGUUUAUAAAGAAUUGGAAUAUAAAAGGAUCCAAGAUUUCUUCAAAAAAAUAGGAGAACCAAUCGACUGGUACAGCACCUACAAGAGUUUACACAUCUUUAUGGAUACGUUAGAAACCCAAAAAGGUCGAAAAUAUUUCGAGUUAUAUCAAAAAUUGAUAGAAAAAGAUCUCACAGUAGAACAAAAAUUGAAUGUUUACUUGGAAGUUAAAGAAUAUAUUCAAGAUCAUCAAUGUCAAGAUAGUGAAGUUUUGAAUAAUCUUAUAGACAGAAUGUGUCAGCUUUUAGUCAGAGGCGUGAGCCGCAAGAAUCUGCAGGGAUUAGAAAAAAGAAUAGAAGCUUGCGUAUUGCACCACUUUAAAUUAAUAGAAUGCAAUGAAGGCGUUACUAGGCACAUGUUGACAGUACAAGAGCGUAAAAUGGAAAAGAACCUCCAAUACUGUCCUAGGUGUCAAAAAUUCAAAACCAUCGAUGGCUUUAAAUUAACAGCUAGAACGGACAAACUAAGGAUAUGUCGAAAUUGCAAGUGGUUGGACAAAUCGGAAGAACCUUGGGUUGAUCUGUCACCCUACAGAUUUAUUUUGAAACAAAUACGAAACUAUGAAAGAUUGCAUCAUGCCGUAUCUUCAGUAGCUUUUAUAUUACAAGAUAUCGAUAUUCAUCAUAUAAUCGUACAGAUUUGGCAUGGACAUUCUGCGUUAUCGGAAUGUAAUGACAUUUAUCAGUUAAGACUAGUUCGUUGGGACAUACAUAAAGAAUGGGCGCCGUGGAACUGCAUCCUCUUAACAGCGGAAGAAGCUAAGGCUCACCUAAAAGUUAUCAGCUUGUCAUAUGUUUACGAAGAAGAAUUUAUAAGCCACGUGACCAACAAGCACGUUUUAGCCAGACGGCAUUUCUCAAAUUUGAAAGCCUUCGACAAAUACUUUGCCGAAACGACAAAGGGUGAUAUUAGACUGGAUGAAAAUUCCGAGUAUUAUAAUAAACCAAAGACGGAAUGCCUCAAAGAUGAAGAUAUUAAGUACAGUGACAGGUUAUUAUGUAAAAAAGGAUUACUAUAA